AUGGAAGCUGCAGGUUUCCAGCAUACAGUGCUUCUGCUAAAUGAUGGCACGGCUAUGGCUUGCGGAGACAAUGGAUAUGGGCAGUGUGACAUUCCACCUUUGACUGCCGGCAUGUCAUACACCCAGGUUUCUGCAGGCUACUUGCAUACAGUGCUUCUGCGAAGUGAUGGUGCUGCUGUGGCUUGUGGACGCAAUGCAAAUGGAAAGUGUGACAUUCCACCUUUGGAUGCGGGUGUGUCAUACACACAGGUUUCUGCAGGCUGCGAGCAUACAGCCCUUCUCCGAAGCGAUGGCACUGCUGUGGCUUGCGGAGACAAUGAAUAUGGCCAGUGCAACAUUCCACCCUUGGAUGAAGGCAUAUCGUAUACCCAUGUUUCUGCAGGCGACUUGCAUACAGUGCUUCUCCGAAGUGAUGGCACUGCUGUGGCUUGCGGACAAAAUGCACAUCAACAAUGCAACAUUCCACCUUUGAUUGGUGACAUGUCAUACACCCAGGUUUCCACACGCUACCUGCAUACAGUGCUUCUGCGAAGUGAUGGUGCUGCUGUGGCUUUCGGAUGCAAUAAUUAUUUACAAUGCAUGAUUCCACCUUUGACUGCUGGCAUGUCAUACACCCAGGUUUCUGCAGGCUGCAGUCAUACAGUGCUUCUCCGAAAUGAUGGUACCACUGUGGCUUGUGGACACAAUCGAGACAACCAGUGCAAGAUUCCACCUUUGAAAGCUGGCAUAUCGUAUACCCACGUUUCCGCAGGUGCUUUUCAUUCAGUUUUUCUGCGAAGUGAUGGCACUGCUGUGGCUUGCGGAGGCAAUGGUGAAAAACAAUGCAAGAUUCCAUCUCUAACAUCAUGGAGUGAACUGUUGAGUUUUACCCCAGCCAGCCGUCGCUACAUUUGCCACGACUACACGCCUCGUGUCAAUGAGCCUGUCCGUGUGCUGCAACUGGAUUUGGUUUGUCAAGACGACGUAUUUCUGCUGACAUGCUCGAGUUUGGCCGGCCAUGAGGUGCUACGUUUUGAGGCAAGUGGUUCUGCCUUGGCUCUGGAUACUCACAGAGAAAUUGCUGAGAAGUUGGAUGCUAAUCUCGGCAGUAUUCAAGCAGUUUUGCCCCAUGGAGAGUUGUUGGCCUCAGUCUACAAAGCAAAUCCCUUGGAUAAGAAGUACGGUGAGCUUGCAAAGAAGGUUGAGGAAGAGAUCAAGAGGCUCAUACAGGAGAAGACGCAAGGCAACCUGAAGCUUGCAGAGAUGCGUAAGAAGAAGAAUUUGAAAGGCGAAGAGGUCGAGAAGUUGGCCACCGAAACAGCGGCAGCUGGCGGCAUCGCACGUUCAGCGCAGGAGGCGGCCGAGAAAGCAGAUGCCAAGUUCAAGGAAGCGGAAAAGAAGUGCGAAGCCCAAAAAUCGCUGGCGGAGAAGGCCGCCACGGUGGCCACUACGGCGCAGGCGGAGUACGGCCAGGCCAAGGACGAGGCGUCCAACGCGGAGAUGGAAGUGCAGAACAGAAUGGCCGAGAAGCAGCAGGUCUUGGAGCUCCGCAACUCGGUGCAGAGCUACUACGAUUCCACCGAUCUUAUGACCAAGAGCAUGGAGGCAUCCCUGGCCAAGCUGACUGGUGGCGAGGAAGAAUCCACCAAGAAGCCUUGGGAUCUCAUGCGCGAGGAUGAGAAUGUGAAGAAGAGCAUGGUGAGCUACAAUCUCAUGGUGGGACAAUUCCGCAGGCUGUUCUUUGAGAACAAGGACAUCUACACUUUGGUGGCCGAGAGCACCAGGGAAAUCCACGAGAACGCCCAAGCAGCAUGGUUGCUGCAAUGCGACCCUGAAGAGGAAUUGGAGGAAGAAUGGAAGAAGAGCGGCAGCGUCGAGAAACUCAACGAACACUGCGGUGUUGGUCUUUGGAAGCAUCUGGGAGUUGAGAGGCAGAACUUCCCAACCAAGGGUGAGACUGUGCCGGCCAGCGAAACUCCCGUUGAGGAGCCCAAGCCAGCCGAGUCUGUCGAGACCGAGCCGGAGGCGCCGGAGCCCACGGAGGUGCCGGAAGCCGUGCCGGAAGCCACGGAAGAGGUGAACGUGGAACCCAAGGACGAAGAAGAAGUGCACAACGCCGAGCCGCUUGAAGAUGAGCCGAACAACGCUGAACCAGCCCUUCUGCAGGCCAAAGACUUGGCCCUGGUGCGACAGAUCCGUCGUCACCGACAACGGGAAGCCUCCGCGUUGUGAGCAACGCGGCGAAGCAGUUCGAGGCUUCAUUUGCGACUCCCCACAACAGACAUGCGGCGUGUGACAGCA